GCAGUGGUUAACUUUGCUUCUGUUGGUUUUUAAUUUAUUUUGUAUAAAUAAAUACAGGAAAUAGCCGAAAUAGAAUAAUUCGUUUAAUUAAACACAAUAUGUUGUUUUUUAUAAAAUAAUUAUAUAUUUUUAUUUGUAUUAGCUCUAGUUGUUAAGUCUAAAAUGGAUUUUAUAAUAGAUAACGUGGGUGACGAUCAACUUAACCUAAAAACUGAACUACUGGAUGGAAAAGAAAAACCUUAUUUCGUCGACAAAGAGGACAAACAGCAAGCUAUACUUAAACUAUUUGAAAAGCAGAAAGAAAAAUUGGACACACAAUCAGCAGCUGAAGACGAAGUCCAGAAUAAAUUAAAGGGUUUAAAAAUUGAUAAUUUAUUUGAUGAUUUUUUCCAAGAAAUGCAAUGGACGCACAAAGUUGCAAUUAAAAGAGAGAGGCGUGUUAAAUUUCGAUUCGAACAGGUGGACACAGAGACUGGCAAGCUGAAGUCUGGACUUGGAAAAGUAGAUGUGGAGAAAGAAAUGCUCAAUUCCGUGUUGAAACCAGGACUAGAGAAAGAGCACCGAUUAUCAAAAUAUAAUUUGUCUGAAAGGGCAUUGAAAGCAUUGCGGAAGAAAGAAAAUGAGAAGACUAAAGGUCCACAAUGGUUUAAUCUACCAGCUCCUGAAAUAACAGAGGAACUGAAAAAUGAUCUGCAAAUCCUCAAAAUGAGAUCAGCACUGGAUCCAAAACAUUUCUAUAAGAAGAAUGAUAUGGAAGUUUUACCUAAAUAUUUCCAGGUUGGUAGAAUAAUGGAUUCUCCCUUGGACCAUGUCAAUGAGAGGUUGACCAAAAAACAAAGAAAGAGAACAAUGGUUGAUGAAUUAUUAGCCGAUGCAGAAUUCCAGAAAUACAACAAGAAAAAGUAUAAAAAUAUUAUAGAUGAAAAGAGAAAAUCUGAAUAUAAAACCUUCAUGAAGGAUAAGAGACAAAAAAAUAAAGCAGAACUUAAAAAGAAUAAGUUAAAAGCAAAGAAAAAGGUGCAGAGUUAGUUAAUAUAGUUCUUUAUUGUUUAUGGAUUUUUUUAUUUUUAUCCACAUAUUAUAU